CCCCUGGGUCUACCACGCGCAGUCGGACUCCACGCGUUUCCACCGUGCUUGCGCAGGGCCGCUGCCCUAGGCACCCACGCAUCUUAGCCACGUGACCCCAGGACCUUAGCCCCGGAGGGUCGGAAGCGGAGGUCACGUGAGAAGAGGCGUUCCGGCGUCGCCGGGAGCCGAGAUCCUCCCAUUUCCGUUAGCUGCGGGCCCGCCUCACCUCUUAAGGGUCAGGGCCGGUGAUGUGAGGGGUACAAGAGAACUCCAAUGAGCACCACUGUGAGAAGAGACUAGCUUGCGGAGCUGGCGCAUUCCAGAAGGGGUGAAUGUGCACAGUCCAUCUCCAAGAACUCCUUACAGGAGUGUGUGUUGGUGACUCUGCCACUGAAGUUGCCUCCAUGGAUCCUGCUUCUGUCUCACCCAGCAGCAGCUGCUCCAGUGCCUGGCUUCUUGUGCUGCUGGGGACAGCUCUGCUUGGGGCAGCUCACAGACUGGGGCUGAUCUACCAGCUCUGGCAUAAGGCAGAGCCGAAGAGUACCCGGCAUGGUGGGGAGCUUGUUGCAGAGGUCUUGAAAGCCCAUGGGGUGCGUUAUUUGUUCACGCUGGUAGGAGGCCACAUCUCGCCCAUCCUGGUGGCCAGCGAGAAGUUGGGCAUCCGCGUGGUGGACACAAGACACGAGGCCACAGCUGUGUUUGCUGCCGAUGCAGUCGCCAGGCUCUCAGGGACAGUCGGAGUUGCCGCAGUAACAGCGGGACCUGGGGUAACCAACACCGUGACGGCUGUAAAGAAUGCCCAGAUGGCCGAAUCCCCGGUGCUGCUGAUUGGAGGGGCAGCUGCCACACUGCAGAAGGGCCGGGGUGCUCUCCAGGACAUUGACCAGCUGUGCCUUUUCAAGCCACUCUGCAAGUUUUGUGCGUCAGUGAGGACUGUGCGGGAUAUCGUCCCCACACUGCGAAGGGCCAUCGCAGCAGCACAGUCUGGCACCCCAGGCCCUGUGUUUGUGGAGUUCCCAAUCGAUGUGCUCUACCCAUACUACUUGGUGGAGAAGGAGCUGGGCUUCAAAGAGACCCCGCGGGGGCUGCUGGGUGGAGUCAUCAACUGGUACCUGGGCAACCACCUCAGGAACCUGUAUGCAGGGGCCUGGGAGACAAGGGACUUUUCCCCCCUUCCGGUGCAGGUGCCACAGGCCACAGCAGAGCAGGUGCAGCAGUGUGUGGAGCUGGUCAGCCGUGCCAAGAAGCCUGUUAUACUCCUGGGCAGCCAGGUGACCCUGCCCCCGACGCCUGUGGAGAAGCUCAGGGAAGCCCUGGAGGCUCUCGGCAUCCCUUGCUUCCUGGGUGGGAUGGCCCGGGGCAUGCUGGGAAGGGACAGCCCACUACAUAUCCGCCAAAACCGCCGAGAGGUGCUGAAGGAGGCUGACCUGGUCAUUCUGGCAGGCACGGUGUGUGAUUUCCGUUUGUCCUAUGGCCGCGUGCUGAGCCGGCGCAGCACAGUCAUUGCCAUCAACCGGGACCGUGCCCAGAUGCUGCGCAAUUCGGACAUCUUCUGGAAGCCCCGCAUGGCCAUCCAAGGAGAUGCUGGCUCCUUCCUCCUGAGCCUUUCCCAAGGCCUCAAGAGUUACUCACCACCUCAGGACUGGGGAACAAGUCUGAAGGAUGGCGACCAAAGGAAGGAGAAAGCAAACCGAGAGAAGUCAGAAGAGCCCACGGAGCAGCACCUGAACCCACUCAAGCUCCUACACCAUGUGGACAACUUGCUGCCCGAGAACUGCCUGCUGGUGUCAGACGGGGGCGACUUUGUGGGGAGCGCUGCCUACAUUGUGCGGCCCCGGGGGCCCCUGCACUGGCUGGACCCAGGAGCUUUCGGGACACUGGGUGUCGGGGGAGGAUUUGCUCUCGGCGCCAAACUCUGCCGGCCGGAUUCUGAGGUCUGGAUCCUCUACGGAGACGGCUCCCUUGGCUACAGCAUCAUGGAGUUUGACACCUUCGUCCGUCACAAGACGCCCAUCAUCGCGCUGGUGGGGAACGACGCCUGCUGGAGUCAGAUCUCCCGUGAGCAGGUCCCCUUGCUGGGCAGCAAUGUGGCCUGCGGCCUGGCCUAUGUGGAUUACCACCUGGUGGCAGAAGGCUUGGGAGGGAAAGGUUUCCUACUCAGCCGCCAGGACGAAGCCUGCAUGGACAACAUCAUCCAGGCGGCGCAGGAGGCCUGCAGGGAGGGACACCCCACCCUGAUCAAUGCCCUGAUCGGCAGAACCAGCUUCCGGGAGGGAUCCAUCUCUGUGUAGGGCUGGGGCCAGGCCUGGCAGUGCUCCCUGCCCAUGCCAGGGUGCAGCAGCCUGCCUUGGGCCCCCUACAGACACCCGCACAGUACCCCCUUCGGCGUUUAGUUGAUCCUCCUCCUCGUUCUGGCCCCAGAGCUGCUGCAGACUGACACAGCCACCCCUACCAGGGACUGGGGUCCUAACCCAAGCCCCUCAAUGGGUAACCAGUGCCAGGACACUGGCCAGUAGGGGUCAACCUGAAGAGAGCCCCAGGGCAGCAGGGACAAGGAAGCUUCUCUCAGUUCAACACUGGGCAGGUACCUACUUCUGUGGCAGAUGGGCAUUGUGCUUUGGCAAGCUCCUGCCAGUAGUGAGAGCAGCUGCAGGGAUCUUGUUCUGGUGACAGGAGGGGGUCUUGCUUUCCAACUGAGCAGCCUAGGGCUGGGCACUGGGGCUGGAUUUCUGAGGGGCUCGGCACUGAGGGGUGGGAGUCGGGGGGCUCAUUGCCCAGCUCUGCAAGCCAGGGCCGUUGGCUGGUGACUCUCUCUGGGGCAGGAGCUUGGCCUAGGCCUAACGUUUGGACGAAGUGGAGCUGCUGAGCCCUGCUGAGAAACUUGGUUGAGGGAAAUCUGGCAGGAUUCACUCAAGAUCCACCAGGGCUGUGAUUCCCCCAACACCCUACAAUGUGCUAUGAGGGCAUCUCCCUGGCUGACUAGCCCAGGGACCCUGCUGCCCCAGAGCCCCGUCAUGCAGAAAUGCAUUUCCUGAAUAGCUUUGGGCAAGGCCCGUCACCGCCAUGCUCUCCAGUCCCAUAGCCAGCACCAGGAGCUGCCAUUGCACUGCCACUUCCCUGACGGGCUACAGCCACUGCCACACCUAGGAGCCUAGGGAGGGCCUGCAUGUUCAAAGGGCACAGGCAGGGCCAUGCGUGCUGCUGCUCCCAGCCCCAGGUGCCAAGCUCUCCAUUGCCAUAGUGUGAGGUGGUACGCGGUUAACGGGGAUGUUAACAGACUGGUUCCCUCUCUCUCUCCAAGCACAUGCACUCCACCCACGGGGUUUCCCCCAACAAUAAAGAGAAUGAUGGCACCAGGCCAAAUGUGGCUCUAUAGCUGCUCUGUGGGAAGGGCACCAUCUAAUGAUUAACAUGGUGAUUUGAUAGGAUUGGUGGCCUAGAGCAGGGGUGGGCAAAGUUUUUGGCCUGAGGGCCACAUACAGUUCUGAAACUGUGGAGUGCUUGGUGCAGUGUAUUAAAUUGCUCCCCAUAGGAAUGUGCUACUUAGGCUGCCAGUCCUGGUGCUCUAAGCCGCAUGGGGCGGGGAGUGGGGGGGUUGGAUAGGAGGUGGGGUCCCGGGGUGGCAGUUAGGGAGCGGGAAGUGGGAGGCGGUGGAUGAAGGCAGGGGCCAGGCUGUUUGGGGUGGCACAGGGUUCCCUACCUUGGUGUAGUGUAUUAAAUUGCUCCCCGUAAGAAUGUGCUACUUACAGUGUUCUACGUACAGCUGCAAGUUCUGGUGCUCUGUAAGUAGCACAUUCUUAUGGGGAGCAAUUUAAUACAGUACACCCGGUGGCCCAUGCAGUUGUGCAGCCUGGCAGGAGCUUGUAGCCCUGCCACCCAGAGCACUGGCAGCACGGUGAGCUGAGGCUGUGGGGGAGGGGGGACAGAAGGGGACAGGCUAGGGGCUAGCCUUCCCAGCUGGGAGCUCAGGGGCCAGGUAGGAUGGUCCCGCAAGCCAGAUAUGACCCACGGGCUGUAGUUUGCCCAUCUCUGGUCUAGAGGAUAAAGGGGAAGCUGUAGAUGUGAUGUGUCUUUUGAUACUGUCCCACAGGACAGUCUCAUACAAAAACUGGGGAAAUGUCAUCUAGCUGAACUUACUGUAAGUUGGGUUCACAACUGACUGAAAGACAGUACCUCAAAGAGUAGUUAUCAAUGGUUUGCUGUUAAACUCGGAGGGCAUAAUAAGUGGGGUCCUGCAGGGUCAGUCCUGCGUGUGGUACUAUUCAGUAUUUGACUUGGAUAAUAGAGAGGAGAGCAUGCUUAUAAAAUUUGCAGCUGACACCAAGCUGGAAGGGGUUGCAAGCACGUUGCAGGACAGGAUUAGAAUUCAAAACAAUUUGGAGAAUUGGUCUGAAAUUAGCAAGAUGAGAUUAAAUAAAGACCAGUGCCAAGUAGUUCAUUAAGGAAGUAAAAAUCAAAUACAAACCUACAAAAUGGGGAUGACUAGCUAGAGAUAAUACUGCUGCAAAGGACCUGGGAGGUUAUAAUGUAUCACAAACUGAAUAUGAGCCAACAAUGUGGUGCAACUGUGGAAAAAGUCUAAUAUCAUUCUGAGGUGUAUGAAGAGGAAUGUCAUAUGUAAGACAUGGGAGGUCAUUGUCCUGCUCUACUCAGCACUGGUGAGGCCUCAGCUGGAGUACUAUAUGCAAUUCAGGCUGACACACGUUAGGGAAGAUGUGGACAAACUGGAGAGAGUCCAGAGAUAAACAGAUGAUAAAAGGUUUAGAAAACCGGACCUGUGAGGAAAGAUUAAAAAACUGAGCAUAUUGAGUCUUGGGAAAAGAAGACUGAGGGGGAACCUGUUACCAGUCUUCAAACGUGUUAAGAGCUGUUUUUAAAAAUGCCUGUGAUCAAUGGUUCUCCAUGACCAUUGAAGGCAGGAGAAGUAGUAAUGGGCUUAAUCUGCACCAAGGGAUGUUAGAACAUUAGAACGGCCAUGAUGGGUCAGACCAAAGGUCUGUCUAGCCCAGUAUCCUAUCUUCUGACAGUGGCCAGUGCCAGGUGCCCCAGAGGGAAUGAACAGAACAGGUAAUCAAGUGAUCCAUUCCCUGUCGCUCAUUCCCA